UAUUUUAGAAAAAAGAAACGCUAGUAAGCAGAUAGUAAACAGACUCUGAUGGGUUAUGAUCACCAACAGCCGACUGAACUCGCACCACUUCAUUAUGAGAUUCCAACCGCGGACACAGGAUGCGCGAUGUUCAGCUUUUGAUCCCUACACAAUAUUGGCUCUUUUGACGUUUGGAAUUUUCCUCAUCUACUUGUUCAGCAUAGUGUUCAAUCAGUUGGCAAUCACGGCUCGCGGUCGUAAAAUCAGAGGCGUCAGCGAAAAACAGACAGACAUGAUUUACUCGUGUUUGUUACGAGGUCACGAACUGUGGGGGUGUUAACUCACGGCUAAAAUAUUUCAAACAAUUUUUUUUGUUACAAUUCUCUCAUUAAUAAGCGCUCAGUUUAAAAUUUAGUUGUCAACCCAACCAGUUCUUGUGCAUCAACGUUCUUCUUUUUCAAACGGUUAAAGACCCGAUCCAGUUAAUAAAGUGCAAUCAGUCGAAAGAAAGUAUUCGGGCAGUGCGGAAGUGUUUCCUACUCCGGUGUCUCUGUCAAUUGUGGCGUUAGUGAUCUGUCGCUGAAUUUUAUUAGAGAAAAAUGAAGAAAAUUUUCAGUUUCCUAACUUUGCUGACAGUGGUGUUGCCUCAGAUCAAUUGUUCUGAGCCCUCAAUUAUCAAUUCCAGUUACCACAUUGGAGAAGCUCGAGGAGGUUAUGACGGAGGAGGCAGCUACGGCGGAGGAGGUUACGGCGGAGGACAUGGUCACGGAUCCAUUUCAAUCGAUCCCGUUUCCAUAUUGGGUCUAUUGUCGUUGGGAGCGGUUUUAUUGCGAAGUAUUCUCACCUUACUGCCAGCCACGAGCGCUAGGAGUCUGGACGUGACGGACAUCAAUCUUCCACUGAUGCUUUCAGAUAUUCCCGAGGCCAUCGCCAAUUGGCAUGAAACGAAGAGUAACCAACACGUCGUCUACGAAAGGAGCGCUGACGAGCGAGAUGACGAUGGCAAUCCGACGGCUCCGAUUCGCCAUUAUUUGUCUAUGCUUAAGACGGACAGAUCUUGUCUCCCGCAUUUUCUUUGCCAAUUCUGGAAGCCCAGAUCUAUGGAAGAAGAGACUUUCCUCGACAUUGUCAUGCUAACCACUGUCGAAUGGAAUGGUCUGGCGAAAAGUGCUGCUAUCUACGACCAGUUGAAGCAACCAGAUUCAUCGGCAGCACAGCGAUUUUGUGCCCAAGCCCGUUCUGAAUGCAUAAAGGGAGAAUUCGAUUUGAAGAAACAACUAUGAACUUUUUGGAAUGACACAAUUUCGAUGAAUAAUUUUUCAAAUGAGUACAAGUGUAUUGAGAAUACAGAUUACAAAACAAAUUU